AUGUACCCACAAGUGGGGUGCCUGUUGGCACUAGUCACCAUCGGAGUGACGCUGGCCGAGCUCGCGCCUAGGCUGGAAACCGUUAAACAGUGGAGUCUGCUAUCGUACAACUUUCCCUGGGACUAUCCGGCAUCGAACAAGGAUUUCUUCAAUCCGGAAAAUAUUGUCGCCACUGGCAUCGAAGUAGGCUACGAUCGUAUCUUCAUUGCAACACCGCGACUGUUUAGCGGAGUGCCGGCAACGCUAUCUACGAUUCCCCGUGGCAACCAGGGCGAUUCGCCUGCUCUGCAACCCUACCCGGACUGGAGUCACCACACUGCUGGCACCCGACAGUACAACUGCUCCGACAUUGGUUUGGUUUCGGUGUACCGCAUCCGGAUUGAUUCCUGCAAUCGUCUCUGGGCGCUGGACGCCGGUGUUUCGCGGUCGCUUGAAGAUUUCGAAGUGACCUGCCCACCAAAGAUUUUGGUUUAUGAUCUGCACACUGAUCAAGUCGUACGACGUAUUGACUUUCCGCCGGAAGUUAUCCGCCGAGAAUCGCUGUACACUAAUAUCAUCAUUGACGAGACAGGUUCUCAACCCGGAAAUAACUGCGACGAUGUGUUCGUUUACAUCACGGAUACUGUUGCACCCGGAAUUGUUGUCUACGAUAGUGUGAAAGAUCUCACCUGGCGUGUCAGCCAUCCGUCAAUGUAUCCGGAUCCUGACUUUGCUGAAUCGACCAUUCUAGAACAUCGUUUUACCCUGAUGGAUGGAGUUGUAGGGUUGGCAUUUGACGAGGAAGCCGGUAUUAUCUACUUCCAGCCGUUGGCCACCGAUAGAUUAUUCUCUGUGACAACCGCAGCCCUUCGAGCAGGCCCGUUACCAUUCGGAAAGGAACUUGCCGUAAAAUUGGUUGGUCGAAAAUCGUCUCAAGGCAUUGGCUUGGCAGCUUCUCCAUUGGGUGGAACCAUCUUUUAUGCUCCAUUCACCGAGACAGCCGUUGCUUCGUGGAAUCCACGCACUAAUGAACAUCACAUUUUGGCCCAAGAUCAGGAAAGACUCCAGUUCACUGCUGACCUUCGAACCCCGGCUCGGGACGGUUCGGCACUUUAUAUACUAACCUCAAAGUUCCAUCGAUUUUUCUUGAAGAACGUUGAUCCCAACGAGUUUAAUACCCGAAUUCUACGAAUCGACGGAGUCGUAACUCCCGGCAAACCCGGUCAGGCACACGCAGCCUACCGGCCAACUAUCGAAACCAAUUCUCCGUACUACAAUCUUCCGGUAGUAACUCCUUCGGCUCCAUUCAAACCGCUACCUCAGCCGAUUCCGAUUCCAGCCAAUUACCCCGUGCCAAAACCAACCAACCCAAAGACAUAUUCGUUUAUUCAGAACUACUUCGUAAACAGCAAGCAACCGUAUCCAUACGAACCGGUGCCGGUAAUCGACCGAACAAAGAACAAUCCAUUUUUCGUACUGAAUAGUGGCGAAAAACCGUUCCCCCCCGUCCGCCCGAGACCACAGUACGGGCUUAACGGGGAAAUCUUUUUCCCGAAAGUGAAUCAUCAUUUCAACGACUUCAAUGGGCUUCGCUAUGCGAAAAGCUUACGGGCCAAUCAGACGGUGACACCGUAG